CUCUACAGGGAGCGAGGAUCGGCAGAACACCGGUCCGGCUUCAGGUCCGGCUGCAGGCGAAGCUGCCACCGCGGCGGGACGAUGACCGACCAGCGAUGGAGCUCAUCACCGCCCAGGCUGCCCCAGCUGCGGGGAGGCAGGAGGAGGUUUAUACGAUGCAUCUACGUGGUGGGCUUCAUGGACUUGUUCGGGGUGAGCAUGAUCAUCCCGCUGCUGAGUCAUCACGUCAAGGCUCUCGGGGCGACUCCCACGGUGGCCGGGAUUGUGGGGUCCACGUAUGGGAUCUUGCAGCUCUUCUCAAGCACGCUGGUAGGCAGCUGGAGCGACGUGGUGGGCCGGCAGGACUCGCUGCUCACCUGUCUGCUGCUCAGCGCGCUGGGGUACGGCCUGCUGGGCAUGAGCUCCAGCAUCGCCCUGUUCGUCCUCGCCAGGAUCCCCGUGGGCCUCUUCAAACACUCCCUGUCCAUCUGCAGAGCGCUGCUGUCCGACCUGGUGUCGGAGUCGGAGCGCCCCCUGGUGAUGGGACACUUCAACGCCGCCUCCAGCGUGGGCUUCAUCCUGGGCCCGGUGGUGGGCGGCUACCUCACCGAGCACGAGGGCGGCUUCUACACGUCCUCCUUCAUGUGCGCCGCCAUCUUCCUCGUCAACGCCGGGCUGGUGUGGAUGCUGCCGUGGAGCGAGAUGCUCGCCGACCGCCGCCAGACCAACCGGAGCAACGAUCCGGGCAAAGGUUGCCAUGACAACCACUGCAGCAGGGCCGUCCAGAACGGGUCCCACGGGCCCCGACCGGCGCUGGCGGCGGCGGACGCCGGCGGGGCCCCCGGCCCCGGUGGCGGGGCACCACCCGGGAGGAGCCGCCGGCCCGCCUGGCGGGAGGUUUCCCUGCUGCAGCCGGCCUGGCGGCAGCUUUCCUCCGUCAGCUCCAAGAUCCGGACGGUGGCGUCGUCCGACAUGUGGGACCUGUUCCUGGUGCGGCUGCUGAUGGCCGUGGCCAUCAUGCUGUACUACAGCAACUUCUCCCUGGCCAUGGAGGAGCGCUUCGCCCUGCGGCCCAAGGCCACGGGCUACCUGAUCAGCUACAGCAGCACGCUGGGCGCCCUGGCCGGCUUCCUGGUGGGGCCCGUCACGCAGCUGUACCGCAGCAACAUGGCGGCGCUGCUGCUGCACUCCACCGUGCUCACCUGCUCGCUCAUCCUGCUGUACGCCGCCGCGCCCAGCGUCUGGCAGGUGCUGCUCACCUCCACCUUCUUCGCCAUCUCCACCUCCAUCGGACGGACGUGCAUCACGGACCUGGAGCUGCAGCGGGGGGGCGCGCAGGCCAGCGGGACCCUGAUCGGGGCGGGCCAGUCGGUGACGGCCGUGGGCCGCGUGCUGGCGCCGCUGCUGUCCGGCCUGGCGCAGGAGUUCAGCCCCUGCGGCCCCCCGAGCCUCGGGGUGCUGCUGGCGCUGGCCGCCGUCGCGCUGCUGCUGCUCCGCAUCCCCAAGUGGGACCGGAGAGAGGCCAGCAAAGUCGCCAAACUCUGACACUCUCGGUGACAGCAAUCCUCAAAAAGAUAUCUAUGCAAAUCCAGCACCAGCAGGAAGGAAGUGCUCUUAUUUAGAAGGAGCCAGCCGUGACGAACAGCAGAUUCAGCCUCCAGCUUUUGUUUUGUUUUUAAUUAAACGAGGGUGACGCUGAACAUCCGUGGACGUGACGACCUUCUCUCAGGAUCACCAGGAACCGGCUCCCGAGUGGACCGAGCCUUUAGAUACGCUGAAGUCUGUCCAGACGAACCCGUCUCUGCACGUCCCCCCCGCCACGUGCAUUUUGUGUUUUAAUACAAAUUUGUAACCACUAAAUGAUUAAAAUUAAUGUCAGUCUGCUAACGAUACGCUGUAAGGUUGAAACAAACUACUGAUUUACUCAAAAACAAGAAGAAGCUGGUGAUUUUACUAAACUACAGUACGAGGUGAUUGUUGUACUCAGGGUGCGAUUUGCCGGUGGGGAUGGUGGGGAUUUUCCCCCCUCUGGUUUACACGUCUUACCCUCUGCUGAAUUAUUUUUAUCCUCGGUGGGGACAAAAUGUACCGCCCCCACCCAAAGUAUUUUCACCAUUACAUCGUAAUUAUUAACAAGUAAUAACAACCAAAAUACACAAAGUUCAUUCUGCUUGUGUGUGAUUUUGAUACCGGGAGCGAGUCGCGCCCACAGAAAGCAGUUUUAUUUUGAAAACCAACCGGAUUUUCUUGCAUUCCAAAAGUCCGACUUCCGGCCCGCCAAAAUAAAAGAUACAGUCAGUCAAAUGAAUGAAAAACUGAAAAGAAUCCAGAGCAGCAUAUCCUCAUAUUUUACAGGAUCACGACUAGGGUUGCAAAGGGGUGGAAAAUUUCCGGUAAAUUUCCGGAAACUUUCCGGAAACUUUCCAUGGGAAGUUAAGCUUGGGAAUUUUGGAAAUAUUCCAAAUUGGAAACUUUCCAUGGGAAUUAUGGGAAUUUAUGGGAAUUAUUGGGAAUUUAUGGGAAUUAACUGGAAAUUGAGGGUAAUUUAAACAAACUGUAUCAUAUCCAAACAUUAGCACCUAACUUACCAGCUAGCUAGCUACUGUGUUAAUACAUUUUUAUUUAAUAUUUGCAAGUUAAACAUUAAUACCAUUAUAGAUCAAAUAUAUUUACCCCAUAAUAUUAUCAAAACUUACUUGACUUUAUAUAGUCCGUGGGCUCAAAUGUGUGGCUUCAAUAGUCUUGUGCUUUGAGCUCAAAUGUGUGGCCUCCAGGCUUCAAGAAAUCACCUGUGCAUGUGAUGGAGGAAUGCACAGUGCCUGUAGGGGGCGUGGCCUCAAUAGCCCUGCAGUAAGCAAUGUGCUGUGUGUACAGAGUGUACUUGCAUUAAAUCUGGUUGUUUUAGCCAAGACUAUGCUACAAUAUAUUUCCCCCAACUAUAUUUAAGUUCCCUGUUAAGGGCCAACCUUCAAUUCUGUACAUUUCUAAUUUAUUCCCGUUAAUUCCCGUUAAUUCCCAUAUAUUCCCGUUAA